UUAUUAUUGUUGUAAGUUGCAUUGUUGUUGUUUAAAUAUUUUCGAUCUGCUCCUUUUGCGUUGCAAAAAAGCAUGGUUGCACGACUAUUACUUUUCUGUUACAAUUUUCCCCCUGGUAAGGAUGACCAAGGGAGGAAUGUUAAUAAAAAUUAUUGUUAUCGCUACCAUCAUUCAUCGGAUUGUUUAUGUAAAGUAUUUCGCAAGGAAAGAUACUUAAGAAAAUGGACAAUGAUUCUGCUACUCUGCCAAUCAAAUGUGCUGGCUGUUUUAAACGAAUCAGAAGUCGAUAUUUCGUUGAAGCACUUAACAAGCCAUGGCAUGAACGUUGCUUGACGUGCGAUGUAUGCAAUGAAAUCUUGUUCAGCUUUGGUAAAACGUUUUACUAUAAACAUUAUAAAAAGCUAUGUCGCUGGGACUACAUGAGGCUGUACGUUCGUGGUGGUACCUGUUCCAUGUGCGCCUGCGCAAUCCCAUCAACAGAAAAAGCUUUGAAAUUUAAAAACAACACAAACUACCAUGUAAAGUGUUUCUCAUGUGUAGUCUGUCGUUACAAAUUCUCCAAAGGGGAUGUUGUUUAUAUACCACAACCAACAAUGGUACUGUGUCACCAACAUGGGAUAGAAUACAAUUUUCUUUGCUCUUUGAGCUCAGUCACAUCAUUGUUACAUCCUAAAUCAUGCUGACAAAGCUAUACCUCAAAGCAACAACUACUCUCACGGACCAGAAAUAUUUGUGAAUACGCAUUUUUUUCAAAAUAAAGCAGGGCCUGGUUUUAUCCCAAUUGAUUUUAUUGCAAUUGACACCUUCGUUUGAUCCUGCUGUGAAGGGAGUGACCAUUCCGUGGAUAAGUUUUUACUUUUACUGCGUAUUACAAUAUGUUUAAACGAAGUAGAAAGAAACAGUCGCUAUCUUUCCUUUCCACACAAUCGUAGAGAGUAGAGAGAAAUUGUAGCACCAGCUCUCAUACAGACGUUUUUGCACAUAUUUUGCUCCUUUCAUUAUGUUUAACAAAAUAAUUACCCAUGUUUUGUUUCUGGAUAGCAAGUAAGGCAAAGAAAAUUUAUGUUAGCUAGCCCAGAACUCCAAUGUUAGCUAGCCUCGAACUCCAACGUUGUAAAACAAUUAGUAAAAGUAGUUUUUCUUUUAUCUUUUCGGAUGGAGAAAUAUGGUCGGAAAAAGUACCAGAAUAAGGUUAUCAGACCUAGGGGUACAUACCAACUUAUAGAAUCCUUACUUUUGUAAUCUGUCAUUUCAGAUGACAUCUUAAUCUAGAGUAAGUACAGAAAAAAAAAUUAAUCGUCAGCACAAUGAUGCGACAGCACACUAAUCUUAGUUUAUUUUUUUAGUUUUGCUUUGUUUUUAGCAAAAAAAAUUGUGAUGGAAAGGGAUUUAAUUUCAAAACUGUUUAUGGAAAUACAUUAUCAUUUAUUA